AUGGCAGGUGAUAACACAGAUGGAGAUGAUCCACAGUCAUUCCUCGGCCGCGGGUUACCUGAGUAUUCUAAGCUGAUAAUGCAUAGUAUUCUGAAGUUUGUAGGGGAAAAAAGAUGCGCCACGUACAACAAAAGCCAGCUAAUGCGCCGGCUACAUGAAGCUCAGAAUGCCGGGCGUAUAUCCACGGCACAGCGAACAGCCAUUAAAACUUGGUUAGCAGGAGGGUCGACUGAUCAUAUCAGCGACCAUUACACUCCACCAAAUGGACAAUUUGCACAGCCACAAGCAUCUCGAGUUACCAAGAAAAGAAAGAGAACUCCAAAGGCAUGCAAGCGGACUAAAAAUUCUGCGUUUGAACAUGAAGAGUCCUUGACGCCAGCACCGGAGCUCAGAGAAUGCUCUAUAUGUGCCGAAGAAGUCAACUUGGCUGACUUCCCACAUCAAAUUUCAUCUGGCUGCAUGCAUGAUCCAACUUGCUGCCGUACAUGCCUUUCCCGAUCUAUUGGUGUGCAGAUUGAAAGCAAACCAUGGGAUCAGAUUACAUGUCUUGAAUGUCCUGCCCUUUUAUCUUUCGAUAACGUAAAGUCCUUCGCCUCAGAGGCUGACUUUAUCACGUAUGUACAUAUCUCAUCCCGCUAUUCUUGUUAUUGUUGCUAAUAUCUGAAAUAGAUACGACCGAAACGUGCUCUUAUACUGCAUUCGUAGUGAUCCCAAUUUUACGAAUUGCCUUGGUCCAGGGUGCGGUGGCGGCCAAGUUCAUGAAGACGGCGAUGAUCAGCCCAUAAUGACAUGUGGGGAUUGUAGUUUCAAAACAUGCUUCACUCACAAAAUGCCUUGGCACACCGGCCUCACAUGUGAUCAAUACAAUACCCGGGAAAGAGAGAAACUGCAACAAGAAGAAGCAAGUCAGAAACUCAUGGAGAAGGCUACGAAGAAGUGCCCAAAAUGUCAGGUUCGCAUCGAAAAGAACAAAGGCUGUGAUCAUAUGACUUGUGAGAUAUUAUUUAGCCCUUCGAACUUUCAAUAUUUGGCAUGGCUAAUGAUGACUAGGUCGAUUUUGCAAGCAUGAAUUCUGCUGGAUGUGCUUUGCAGAUUACAAGUUAAUUCGCUCAAGGGACAAUUCUGCACAUACACCAACUUGUACAUACUAUGCGGGAGUUCCUCUACGACAUCAAACUAAUUAUCUUGCCUGGCUGGGACCUCCUGCCAGAGUGGACCACUUUAUGGCAAGAGCUCGAGCCCUCCCCUCAGGCUGA